CGCGAUAUGUUGGACAGACUGCUCAGUCCGUCGUGACGUGUGACGUUUGCGUGCAGACGUGGAGCAACGACGACUCCGAAGUGGCUGGGACCGAGUUGUCUGCGUUUACAUUCUCACUUGUUCUCCAUACUCUGACACGAAGCCACUGAAGAUAUAGAGCACCAUGCCUGCUCCCGCUAGCUCAACAUCUGUUGGUUCUGGAGGCAGAUCGCCAUCCAAGGCGGUAGCCUCCCGACCCUCUGGUGGUGGUACUGUCAGGCAGAGGAAAACCACAUCCUCAACUGCCCCAAGAAGUCGUGCAGCUGGUACCAGCAGUGGAGGAAUGUGGAGGUUCUACACUGAUGACUCUCCUGGCAUCAAAGUUGGUCCCGUUCCUGUUCUUGUGAUGUCACUGUUGUUCAUCGCCUCAGUCUUCAUGCUUCACAUCUGGGGCAAAUACACCCGCUCUUAAACUACUUUCAUUCCACCCUAUGUUUCCUGAUUGCAAUUAUCUUUUCCUUAUCAUUCCGUGAAUGAAUGGAAGACUUGGACAGGAUUUACUUAUCUCAUCCUGAUCAGUAAAGUAUCUUGAAAGUGUACAGUUAUUUUUGGAGGAUCUCAUCCAAAACCCUCGUAUUGUUUUUCAGCAAUACAAAUUUAUUUGUACUGGGUUUCAA